GCAGAACCUCCUCCGCAACACAGAUUUCCAAGCUCCCGUUUCAAGGCGGAAGGAAGGAUUCAGAUGUUGGCAUCAUGCAUCUGAGAUAAAUACAGGAGCAUCUCCCGGUCUCGAACUGAAUUCGGAACAUCACAACCAACAUCUUCAGUUCACCACACUCUACCUCACACAACCACUACCACAAGCAAGACUCUCAAAGCUACUACAGCUUCAACACCACCAGCCCCACUUACACCCAUCUACAUCCAUCCAUCUACCACAUAUCAAAAUGUCUGCCACUCUCUCCAACCAGACCAUCGCCUUUCUUGGCGGCUCCGGUGGCUGCGGCCUCGCAUCUCUCAAGCUCGCCGUCGCCGCUGGCCACACUUGCAUCGCCCUCUGCCGCACGCCCUCCAAGGUCGAGGCCCUCUUCCCCAACCGCCCCGCCAACCUCCACAUCCGCCAGGGCAACGCCCACGACGCCGACUCCGUCGCCGCCUGCCUGACCCACCCGGCCGACCCCUCCCGCCUCGUCGACUCCAUCAGCUUCACCAUCGGCGGCCUGUUCAACCCCAAGAACUUCACCAUUGACGACCCGGACGUCUGCAAGAAGGGCAUCGCCACCCUGCUCGAGGCCCUCAACAAGCUCCGCCUCGCCGGCGCCCAGGGCAACCCGCUGCUCGCCGUCAUCAGCACCACCGGCAUCUCCAAGCACGCCCGCGACGUCCCGUUGGCCUUUCUCCCCUUCUACCACUACGGCCUCUCCGUGCCCCACGCCGACAAGAAGGUCAUGGAGGAGCGCCUGCUCGAGUCGCCCGAGCGGUGGGUCGCCGUCCGCCCCAGCUUCCUCGUCGACGGCGGCAAGCCCGACCGCAAGAUCCGCGUUGGCGUCGAGGAUCUCCAAAAAGGUGUCGAGAAGAAGGAGGUUGGCUACACCAUCUCCCGCGAGGAUGUCGGCCGCUGGAUGUAUGAGAACCUCCUGGCUGGUGAGAACCCUCAGUACAACGGCAAGGCUGUCUCCAUCACCUGGUAGCAGGUUUUCCUGGCUGCGAUACUUGUAACAUCAAUGAUACUCUGAUGACGGGACCUCUUAUACUUUGGGGGGUUGACUGAUUUGUGAGUGCCUUUUGCUUUAGCAUAUAAUGCAAUGGGAGACGGGAGCAAAGGGAAUUAUUUGAGCGAUAGAUUUCUUUUAUAGCAACACAAUUCUAGUUAGACUACCCAUGUGAAUAUCAGAUUGGAUUUAACCAUAUUCAUC